AUGGCCCGUGUCUCCUUCCUCGCCUCCGUGACCCUCUUACUUAGUGGACUCUCCCGAAGACUCUCUCGCACGGAACCCACGGACGCCCCCGGGGAAACGCCGGACGAGGACCGGAUAUUGCAUGACGUCAUCUGCCUUACGCCCUGCCAAAAGCCGCCCACAAGAGCAUGUCCUGCUUCCAAGACGGCGAAAGCUUUUGGAAAGGUCGUCUUGAGACAUUUCCUCCGCCCGCCCACGGUUCGCACCCGCCCAGACUCCGUCCCUGUCCACGGUUUGCCUCCGCCCACGGUCCGUCCCCGCCCACGAUCCGCCCCGCCCACAGUCCCACCUCGCCCACGAUCCUCCCCGCCCACAAUCUGCCCCGCCCACAGUCCCACCCCGCCCACGAUCCGCCCCGCCCACAGUCCCACCCCGCCCACGAUCCGCCCCGCCCACAGUCCCACCCCGCCCACGUCUGUCCGUGUAGAGGCAUCUGCUUCUCCGACGCCCAGGCGGAGCUUGCUAGUGCGUGUCCUCCUGCGCUUAAUGGGAAGAAAAACGGGGCAGUUCAUUCUCCUGAAAAUGUAA